AUGGCGCCCAUCCAGGCUCUCGCUGCCUCUUCGAGGCUCUCAAAACUCCCCCUUCUCCGUCUCUCUGCCCCCCGACUCGGUGGGAACCACAUUUACCUGGGCAGGUACCAUGACUUCAACAACUGGGAGUACUUGCCUCAUCCGAAAUUGCAGAAGACCGGAGCGAUCAACCCCGUCGGCUCUCAACAGUUUAACCCAGCUGGAAAGGAUUUGCGAGGAUCCGGUCUGCAUGGCCCGGAGAACGGCGAUUAUUUCAGACUGAUGCUGUGGAACAGGCUGCGUCAGAAGGGCAUGCGUCGGGAGGUGCCGACAAUUGAGCAGCUGCGCGACUACAACAAGAUGGACGUUUCUCUUGUCUACUUCUGCUGGGGUCUCUUGCUGUUCCUUUACCCUAUGGCGACGUACGGCCGCAAGUACGCUACGGAGCACGGUCAUUUCCCGUAUUCGCCAGAAAGGACAGAUGGCUCCCGCGGUCAUGGUCCGCUGUGGUGGUUCGUUGAGUAA